AUAAAGAAACAAGAGUUGGAAAAAUUAUAGCAAUAGUUUUGACUUUGGAUAGUAUCAAAUUAAAGAUUCAACAACUUUAUUUUGGCUCCGAAUUAUCAAGGAUAUUUGCAAGUUCAAUAAGAAAAGAUGAGCUAGUUAUGGUUUGGCUUCAUGAUACUCCUGAGUUAUCUAAUUAUCAAUUUUAUAUAAGAGAAAUUUUAUAUAAUUAUGAUGGCCAGUGGAAGAUAAGAGACUGUAAACUGCGGCAUCUUCAUCCAAUUGAAUAUACUCAACUUCCAAUACCAGCUCCUCAUAAUGGUUUUCGAAAAUUUACAAGUAACCUAUUUCUUCAACCCAUAUUAUCAGAUUGGUAUAUGACACAUGAUUUUCAAGAAGAUAUAGCUGAUAUAAGUACAAAUAUCACAUCACAUGAUGAUAAAAUAAGAAACAUUAAAACAAGAAAAUGUCUAUCAAAAAACGAAAUUCAAAAACUUUUGCUACCUGUAAAAUUUGAUGACAAUCUUCAGUUUACUGAUGACAUUAUAAUCGCAUAUGAUAUUUAUAUGGGGAAAAAGGCAGCUUUAAUAUAUAGGCAUGUAGAAUUUUAUAAACAGAUAGGAUAUAUUUUAUUAAAUGACAAUGCUACAUUAAAUACAUAUGUAAAUUUACAUUAUAGUGACAUAGUGCAAAUUCACGAAGAAAACGGUCUAUCAUAUGCUAUAUUGAGGUGA